AGGCGGAAGCGAGCGAAGGCCUCCCCAGUUUCCAGUGCUGACUGACUGAGAGCUCAUCGGUCGGAUCACCGCAGAGGGAGCAAGGACAUGGCAGCAGGGAUUCGGGACUAUGACUUCUGUAGUUAGCUGGUAAACCGUCCAUAAGCUGUUGGCAACACUCUACCGGGUCAUCGUUCUUGUUAGAUUAACGUGGGGCAAACUUGUUCCUCUACACGGGAUCACAAUGGCUUUAAUUUUGUUUUCGAGAUCUUGGACUCCGUUGAUGAAACCGUCUAACGUCAGAUCGUUAAAGAACGAGCUCAGAAAAGGAAACCUAACAGAAGGAGCCUGCUUCAGUUGUACUGCACUAAGGCUAGCUGCAAACAGUCCUGACAUUCUCAGAGGCACUUCAGCCACUCAAACGUUUCCUCUCAGGAAGCUACUGUAUCCUGACCACACAUCUGUCCGUCACCGCUCCCCAGCUACUUCAUCUCAUCUUUACUGUGCCAUCCUGAUACCUGACAGCCUGCCAGGCCACGCUUAUUCCACCUCUCAUCCUACAAUAUCCCAGCUGUACACCACGCCGGUACGGUGGGUGCACACCACAGGCUGUCUCCACGAUGACUCGAAGGUGGAGCGCUCAUUGCGAUCACUGAAAGACCGGAAUAAAAAGCUGGAGGAGGGGGGACCAGUUUACAGUCCAACGGUGGAUGCAGAGCCUGUGCGCAGAACACUACGGCAGCGUGUGGUUGAUGAAAUCAAGCACUACUACCACGGCUUCCGCCUGCUGUGGAUAGACACUACCAUCGCAGGGCGCAUGCUGUGGAGAGUGUUGAAUGGACAUGCGCUGUCUCGCCGAGAAAGAAGACAGUUUCUGAGAACGUGUGCGGAUGUAUUUCGGCUCCUGCCCUUUUUGGUCUUCAUCAUUGUUCCCUUUAUGGAGUUCUUGCUGCCUGUCGCUCUGAAGCUUUUCCCCAACAUGCUGCCAUCCACCUUUGAGACUCAGUCCAAGAAGGAAGAAAGAUUGAAGAAGGAGCUGAGAGUGAAGCUAGAGAUGGCCAAGUUCUUGCAAGACACUGUCGAAGAGAUUGCACUGAGGAACAAAGCGGAUAAAGGCAACGUCACAGAGGAGUUUUCUACCUUCUUCCAGAAGAUCCGUGACUCAGGCGAAAUACCUAGUAAUGAGCAGAUCAUCCGCUUCUCUAAGCUGUUUGAAGAUGAGCUGACCCUGGACAACCUGACGCGGCCACAGUUGGUGGCUCUCUGUAGGCUGUUGGAGCUGCAGUCCAUCGGCACCAACAACUUCCUGCGCUUCCAACUUAUCAUGAAGCUCCGUGCCAUCCGUGCAGAUGACAAGCUGAUAGCAGAAGAGGGAGUGGACAGCCUGAAUGUGAAUGAGCUACAGGCUGCUUGCAGGGUGCGAGGAAUGAGGGCUCUGGGUGUAACAGAGGACAGGCUCAGAGAACAGCUCAAACAGUGGCUGGAGCUGCAUCUGAACCAGCACAUCCCCACCUCUCUGCUGCUGCUGUCCAGGGCGAUGUUCCUUCCUGACACUCUGUCUCCUGCAGAUCAGCUCAAAACCACACUGCAGACCCUGCCUGAGAUUGUGGCUAAAGAGGCUCAGAUGAAGGUGGCAGAGUUGGAUUUCUCUAAGGUGGAUAAUAAGACUAAGCUGGAGACCAUGCUUCAGGAGGAGGCUGCUAUUCUUCAGGAGAACAGAGAGAAGGAGAUGGAGAGGCUGGCUGAUGCUGCAGAGAAAGCCAAAGAACAGCAGAAGGCUGAGGUGGAAGCAGAUAUUGCUCUUCCUAACGUAGAUGUGGAUGUUCACUCUGAAACACUACGAGAUGCAGCACCAGUACUGGAAGGCAUUAAGGGUGAGGAGAUCACUAAGGAGGAGAUUGAUAUGUUGAGUGACGCCUGCACCAAACUGAAGGAGCAGAAGAAACUCCUCACCAAAGAAAAGGAGGAGCUGGAGGAGUUGAAGGAUGAUGUACAGGAGUACAGUGAGGAUCUGGAGGAGAUAAAGAAGGAGCUGUCCAAAACCGGGCAGGAGAAGGAGGUGGAGGAGUCUAAAGCCAGUAAGCAUCUGUCUCGCCGGGUCAACCGCAUGAUCAGCCGCAUGGAUAAGAUCAUAAAUGAGCUGGAGAAAGAUAAACUAGUGCUGGAUGGACAGAUAGACAGUGGAACUACGCCACCUGUUGGAUUGUUCUUUGAGAAACGUAGUGACUUACAAAGUAUGUUCCUGUCCUGUAGGGAGAACCUGAUCAGCAUCAACGAGCUCAUCACCAUCAUGAGGCAGAUCCAGAGCAUUCCAGAGCAGAAGCUGCUCAGCAUCGCAGACGCGCUGGACGAAAACAAGGACGGCAAGAUAGACAUUGAUGAUGUUAUGAAGGUGGUGGAGCUGAUCGACAAGGAGGAUAUCGACAUCUCCACUACGCAGGUGGCGGAGAUCAUGGUGAUGCUGCAGAAGGAGGAGAAGCUGGUGGGGAAGGAGAAGGCCAAGGAAAAGGCCGAAAAGGAGCAGGCAGCUAAAGUUCAGAACUAAGUCUUGUGGUUUAGUGGGAAAGGAACACUGGAGCUACUGGUGCUUAAGCCCUGGGUUUUGUACUUGAAAAGGAGUGAAACUAAAUGUUUAAAAAAAAAAAUAAUAAUAAUAAUCUGAAAACUUUCAUUUCACCCCCUCUCCUCCCCUAACAGUCAGCUGGCAGUCGUGAGUCAGCUAGAGUCUGUGUGAGCUUUUGUACACUGUCAUUGUCAUCAUCAUUCCACUGCCACAGCAAUGAUUCAUUCACUCAUUCAUCUAAAUGCUAAAUUUGCUAAAUAAACCAGGUUAUUUAGCAAAUGUCAUUGAAUGUAGUUUGGGGGGGCCUUGAUUUGUCUGGUAAUCAAGAAGGUGAAGUGGCAAAGUAACUAUUUAUUUAUUAUUUUUUUUGCAUGAAUGCACAGAAGCUAAUGACAGAACAGCUGCUUCAGACUAAGUCAGGUCUUGGCUGUGUAUUUGUGAUGAGCUUUCUUUUUUGUUAUUACUCAGCUGUGGCCUUGAGUGAACAAACAACAACCAUUUUGUUGAAAAUCCCAUUGAAAAUCUAGCUUUUAUAGAUUACAUAUUACAUAGAAGAAAGCCCUUAAAAUGAAAUAUAAAGGAAUAUUCCAGCUUGUUAACUUAAUCUCUGCAGCAUUUCUAGCAUACAGUUGAUUACCACAGACAGUAAUCUCAGUGCAUUUAUUAACAGCUGCCCUUUGACUUGCAUUUUAAGAAAAUUCUGGGUCAGUGAGUCUUCUGUUGUAAUCUUAAUGUACGGAAAGGUGUCAAAAGUACUGUUUGGGAUAACUGACCGUACACCAUUAAUGCAGCAGAUAGAGAUAAGGUUGAAAAAUGAGGGAGUGCUCCUUUUACAGGGUUUCUUUUUCACCUGUAGUUGAAACCAAGCAUUCGCAAUGGUCUUGUAUAUGAGCAGUAUAGUUAGCUUUGGAGCAAAUAGCGGUUGUGGAUUUUUGUUUUGCUGGGCCAGGGAGCUCUAUGUGACUGCGCAGGACAGAUGAGUUUGAGAGAGACUGCUGUUAGGUGCUUAAAGUGUGUGUGUGUGUUUGGACAAGUGAAGAUGUAGGGAGCUGGGUGCAGUGAAGACGGUGCCGGCGCAGGACUCUGCUCAGACCCAGCAUGGUGAGGCCAGUCUGGGUACAGUCAGUCUGAGUGCUGGGUAAACACUCACUCCAUACAUGGAGAGGGUAGCGAGCAGAGGCAGAAUACGUGCGCACACACUAAUACACAGACACAGAGAGUAUUUUGUCAGUGUAGCAUAGUUGCACAGGGCACAGCAGACAGUGAAUACAUCAUUCCCAACCCUAAACAUGUCAUACCGAGAGAACAGAGUGUCUGGGCUCAAAACACUAUGUCUGUGCUGCGUCAGAGAGAAAGAAAGAGAGAGAGGUUGAGUGAGAGAUGGCAGUAUGCAAAAGUUUGAACACCGGUCAAAUUCUGUUUUAUUGAUUUCCGAUGCUAAAAUUAGUUUAACUUAAAUUUAACCUUAAAUAUGGCAAUUUCUGCACAAUUUUGAUUAAUUUGCUUAAGUAUAAUGGGGGAAAAAAUUGUGUAAAACGACAGUAAUUGUACAUUAAAGUGCAGAAGUGUGUUCUUUAUAGAGUACAUGUACUUAUUUCUACCUAGAAAAUAAACAAAACAAGUCAUUGCAUGUUUGCACACGACUGUAAGCAUUUUUGGAGUCAGGAUGCCUAAAUAUUUCAAACUUUGUCCAUAAGCUUUAGCAAGGCAGCAGACAAGGGUCAGAGCUCUGCCCUCGGCACAGUAACAGUCUGUGUUUUUGCAGCUUUUGUCAGCAUAUCAACAUAUAGGCCUUAAACCACAUACAUUAAUUACUCUGCAUUAUAAUCUCAUGCUAUUGUAUCUACUGUGUAAAGGGAGCAGGAUAUAUUAUACUGAUGUACGAUUGCACUAUGAUUAUUUAAAGCUUUUUUAUGAUUAUUAUUUUGAGGUCUUGAUCCAGACUCAGGUACUUUUGUGUAAUGUAUGCCAAGGGAUGCAGGUGCUAGUGGAGAUGCUAGAAGAAUGGUGCGUUUUGUAAAGCGGCAGGAGAGUGUAUUUGUGUGAGAGGUGAGGAUUUUGGAAAGCUAGUAUUUUUACUUUGAGCAUGCAUAGCUGCUGUCCUGCUUUAAAAUAAAGCCUCUUGGUCUGACCAAUAGCUUUUUCGUGAGGUAUGUACAUGAAUGACACAUGUAGCAAGGAGGAAAGGAGAAUGAAAACUAGAGACAGGCUAAAACUCCUAAAGACGUAAGAGGGGAUACCACCAAAUUUUUGAAACUUCCUAUUGAUUGAGAUGUUAACGGUUUGAUGUGAAAUGGUUCUUCAAAGAGGAACGUAGAGUCUUUAAUUUAUUUCUUGACAGUGGCAGCAAUGAGGGGUCACAGGAUCAACAUUUUAUUUAAUAUCCAAAAGAACAAGCCAAACUGCAUGUGUUUUUUUUUAAAUGAAAUUGUUGAAUGAAAUCUGGAAAAAAAAAUUGUUUUAUUGGGGGCUAUUUUUUUUUUUUCACAAUGCCCUGCAUGUACCUUUUUGCCACUAAUAAAGUUUGUUUCAAGCCAGAAGCUUAACCUAAAACAUUUCCUCAGACAUCAGGCAAAAUAUUCAUAAACGUUCCAUGUAAUAGCUUUCUGUGAGGGAGCUUUUAAAGACAUUAAAUGUUUGGAUGUCUGUCACCACCGCUGUGAACAAUUUUGACUUGGUAAGUUUCUUUAGAACAGACCAUUUCACACCAAACCACUCUUAAUGACUUUGUUUGUUUAUAUCUCAACCAUUUAAUUAUACAGAAUUUAAGAAUUGGUGGAAUUUCCCUUUAAAUCUGAUUCAAAGCGUUAACUUAUGAAAACUCAAUUUUCAGAAUUUCUGCACAAAUCAUUAAGAUGUAAAAAAAGUCAUUCAGAGCCGUUUGAUGUGAACCAUAUGCUGUUUGAUUCUUGCAGAGUCAGAAUUGUUCACAGAGAUGAUGAUUGGUCCAGACAUCUAAGUGUUUGUUUCUAAAAGCUACAUCACAUAAAGUCACUACACAACAUUAUAAGGAUUACAUUGUCUGAUGCCUGAAACAUUGUUUAGCAGUUGUUUUCAGAAGGCUAUUUUAAAAUAUAUACAGGGUGGAGUGGUACAAGUAGGACAUUGUAAGGCAAAAUAUUACACAAAGAAAACUUGUUUUGGACCAUCAUCAAACACAGAAAUUCAGAAGAGCCUUGUAGGCUCUGCAUCUUUUGGUUUGCACAUAUGUCUAUAUUUGCACUAUAGACGUUGAGUCGACUUCUGCAUCGUUUAGUGUUGAUAAAUGCCUCUAUAAUGCACCAUUUGACAUAACCACUCUGAAUGACUUUGCUUACAUUUCAGGGAGUAAAUGAUGCACACAUUUAGAAAAUCUUGAUGGAAUACCUCUUAAACUGAUGGAUAUAAAGUUCAGAUUUGGUAUGUUUAGGUAGGCUUGUACUAUACUCCUAUGGGUACCCAUAUGAGUAACUGUUCAAUUUCUAUAAAGCUCUUUACAAGAAUUAGAUGAAUUUGUCAAAGCUAGAUUAGCUAGUGUUGUAGACUGAGAUGCGUCCCUUUUUAGAGAAUUGAAGGCUUGUUAUUGAAGCCCUCAAAGAGCUUGUGCUGUACUGAGUCUUAGAUCAGCAUUGAUUUCUACUGACAGAGCUGCACUUGCCCCCCUGGGGUCACUGAAGUUGUGAAAGCAUCACAAACUGUACAGUGUAUGAUAUAGUAUUUGACUGCCUGAUUUCUUUGCAAAUUUUAGGUAUUUUGACACCGUCAGGUUUUGGGUGCUUAACCAAAAAUGUAGUAAAAGCUGAAUUAGUAUAAUAAUAUAUAAUAAUAUAAAAUUAUUUUAUAAUAAUUCAAAAUUGUCUUCUUGUGCAAUUUGCCUGAUUGCCCCACCACCUGCUGAAGUAAAAUGUGCAAAAAAAUUGGAAUGUGUGCAGAAAGUCAGCUGGCUCUACAGUACUGUUUUGUGCCCUGUAUGAUUGUGACUAUACAAAUGUACAGGGAAUUGGCUUUUGAUCAUUUAAUUCAAUUAAUUUUUUCUUAUUGCAAGUUCACCAAAUAUUUGAAAUGAAUGAGGAGGUCUGUCCUCAGUGCUCUAAUGUUAUUUAUUUAUUUUGUAAUUAUUUAAAGCUCAGAGGAGGAAGUGCAAAAAAGGGUAUUAUUUUUUAAAAUCAUCCAAAACAUAGUAGAGAGUGAUAUUCAGUGUUUGUUUGUUUGUUUGUUUUUAAGUUUACGACUGCAAAUUAACGAUGCAUAAACGAGAGCUUUUUCUUUUGCUCAGAAUAAUUCAGAUGUAAAUAUACUCAUUUUAAUUCUCAUAUAAGUGGUUCCAAAGUAUUGAAUAAAAUGAGGCAAAAUGGAAAGUUGUGUACCAUUUCUUUUUUUUAUUCUUUUUGCACAAACUCAUCACCCGCCCAUCUUCCAUCUGUUUCUUUUUCACCAUUGUUUCUCCACAUCUAAGCUUUAUGGCCUUUUGCCCACAAUGCCGUUUGCCAGUCAUCUGUGACCUGGGUCAUUAGCAUCAGACUCUAGUUUUGUCCCCUUUCUAUGGCUGUUUGAAUGAGCUGCAUGCUGCUCUGCAUUCUGAAGUACAUGUGAAGAUCUGGAAGUGUGUAACAGGCCUCCCUUUUAAAAUAAGCACUGCAACUGUUUAUGUACUACAGCAACAGAGGCCUUCAAACAAAGCUGCUGCAAGCCUGUAACACUGGUUUACCCCUCUCCCUCUCUAGGUUGAUGUUCCAGAUCUUUGAGGUCUGUGUUAGCACUUCUGCCUCAACUCAUCAGCUAAUUCAUAAGCUUGAGAUGAGAGAAAGGGAGGGAGGGGGGCUGAAGUGCUCUUUUAAAAUGGGCAAGUUAGAGCAGAAAAAGUGCAAAACUUUACAGGGUUAAGAAAAAUGAGGAAUACUACUCUAAGACUGUUGCUUGGUGCGUUUUCUGCAUAUCCUGACUGAGCCUUUGAUUUCCCUCUUGUUGGCAGGGCUUUGGGCAAACCAAAAGGAGCAAAAAGUACACUGAAACUGCAAAUUUCUUACAGUCCUGUGGUUCACAAUGCAAGAUUGGUUUAAAAAGAUGAUGUUAUCAUGACAUGCAGAAAGAGCUGCAUGUUCCUAGAUUUCCAGGAAAAAGUAAGGAAAAGCUAAAACCAUAAGAUAAUAAUAAGGUUGAUAUUAUUUUUCAAGGCUUUAGCUUAUCUUGCUUAUGAUCCACAGACUGCUAAAAACUUGGUUUGUGCUCCUUAAUGAAAACAACCUGGGGAAAGAGGAACUGAAUAGAAAAGAGAACUGCAUUAAUGGGAGGACUGGGAUACUUGAAAAUAGGAGCAGACACGCAACUAUAAUUGUAUAAGAUCAAGUCAAUAUUUGGAAUGGUAAAUCGAACAUGCUCAUAAAGAAAAUGCCUUUGGAGAUUAUGAAACACGUUAAAUGAGUGAGAUUCAAAACUUUUGUGUUAAAAAAUGCUACUCAGAUCUGCAGAUUGCUUAAAAUCCAUUUAGAAAGGCUGCCUCUGAAGGUUAUGGAUGAAGGUGGUGUGUUUAUAUGUAAGUGAGAGGAUAGUUAUGAAUGGCAUGAAUGAAUGGUUUUCAACAGAGUGAGCUGUCUAUGCAAAAGUGUACCCCACAUUGUGAGUUUACCUAAUUUGCCUUGGUAAACCAUAAACAUCUAGCAUCUUUUUAAAAAGAGAAUGUCUUAAGAAAAGACAAAGCCUAAGAGAGCUGAAGAGUGUAUCUUCACUACCGUUUUAUUGAAAGUUUUGUACAAGGAGUAUUUUUGUAAGGAGCGUAAUGGAAAUCAAUAUGGAAAGCAAUAUGUGUUUUAGUGAUUAUACAAGACUGUCUUACAGCUGUCUGUCCAACUUUUCAAUAUUAGGUUCAAAUAUGGGAUACAAUUUUACAUCUGGGACUGAAAUAAAAACAGAUUAAUUAUCAGCCAAAGCAAAUAGGAAAAAAUGACAGUGAUGUUGGCUUAAAAUCAUGCACCAUAUCAAAGUAUCUGAGAUUAAUUACUUUGCUAACCCAAGAACCCAGCUUUACACCUGUGGAGUAAGAAAUAGCUUGACCAGUAGGGGGUGCGAUAGAUCAAUAUUGCGGAGUCAGGAGGCUCUGUUUUGAUCAUUUCAAACUGGUGCCCUUUGAGAGAUAAUAGAAUCUAUAAGAUUGGAAAUUGCUCCCUAUAUCACCUGGAUUGCUCGAAAAGGUUGAAUAAUGCUUUCUAGUAGGAGAAUCAAUAUUUCUGAGUUGACAUACCAACCAAAACUUGCAUGUUUGUCACAGUGUUCAAACUCUGUGCUCAUAGCCUUCAUGGCUAUGGUGCAGACUGGGUGCCAGACUAUUUGCUUGUCAUACAUGCCUCAAAGUCAGUGUGGCAACCUGACUUAAAAAUGAUCAAAAGGAAGGAAAAUAACUAAUGUAAACUUGUUUCACUAAAGAUAUAUAUGCAUAUGCUGGCAAUUGAAAGCAUCUUAAAUGUAGGCAAUAUUGUAUGAAUUCAACCUAUUUUUCAUCAUUAUUACUUACAUUUUAGAUAUUACUUAAAUAUUACCGAUUUACUGACUUCAAACUAUAUUUCUUGAAACAAGCAAAAUUGUCUCACAUUUUUUUUACCUACACUAUAUGGUCAAAGGUAUGUGGACAUCCAUCACACCUAUAUGAGCUUUUUUGGACUUCCUGUUCCAAAACCGUGGGCAUUGCUAUAGAGACCCCUUCACAUGCACACACCUUUUUGUGGCCAUAACAGCCUCCACUCUUCUGAGAAAAGUUUCAAGUGGGAAUUUGUCAAAAGAGCAUUAAGGUCAGGCACUGGUGUUGGACAAGAAAGAGACCUGACUCAAACAUUUUUUCAGUGGGGUUGAGGUCAGGGCUCUGUACAGGCCACUGGAGUUCAUCCACACCAAACUAGUCAAACCAUAUCUUUAUGGAUCUGGCUUUGUGCACAGGGGCACAUUCAUGCUGGAACAGGAAAAGGCCGUCCCCAACAUUUGUGAAAGUUUGUGAAAUACCUGCUGGUACUUGGCUAGCUGCCUGCUCACUCACUAACACAGCUUCAAUGACAAGAAGAUAUUAGGUUCAACAAUUCCUCUUUUGGAAAUGCUCUUUUCUAGUUUGGUAAUGCUCUCUUCCACACAUUAAUUGAGACCUUACAUGUUUCUUUUGUCUUUGGUUUGAUAAAUAAGUUAAUUCAUGGAAUAUUAAGUUUUUCAGAGGUAUUUUGGUUACAGUUGCUAGGCUAUGAAAGUCCAACAAGGUGCUACAGUGCCACCCUGAGGCAGACCUGUACAUCAUCUCUAUGUAGUUAAUACUACCAAAGACAGAAGCUCGCCCAUUGUGGCCAUUAUCCCUCCUCUACCAAACUAUACUGUUGGUACUAUGCAUGCUGGUAGGCAGCAUUCUCCUGGCACCUCCCAAACCCAGAUUCAUCCAUCAGACUGCUAGAUAGUGAAGUGUGACUCACCACUCCAGUGAACACGUUUUCACUGCUCCAGAGUCCAGUGGCGGCAUGCUUUAAACCACUAACACCCACGCUUGGCAUUGCGCAUAGUGUUUUUAGGCUUGUGUCCAGCUGCUUGGCAAUGGAAACUUAUUUCAUGAAGCUCAGCAAGCUUCAGCACGCAGCGGCCUGCUCUGUGAGGUUGUGUGGUCUUCUGCUUUGUAGCUGAGCUGUUGUUGCUCCUAGACGCUUCCAUUUAACAACAAAUUUCAUGGACAGAAUGUGACAUCCUAUAACAGUGCCACAUUUGAAGUCAUCAAGCAGAGCACCUCAGUAUGGUCCAUUCUACUGCCAGUGCUUGUCUAUGGAGUUUGCAUGUCUGUGUGCUUAGUUUUAUAGGCUUGUUAACAAUGGGUGUGGCUGCAACACCUGAAAUCAAUCAUUAGAAUGGGUGUCCACGUACUUUUGGCCAUACCGUGUAAAUUGAAUGAAAGUUUUGCUUUCCCUUGUCAAGAAAUAUUUUUCUGCAGUGUGUGCAUGGCCUAAGAGACUGUGAAGAAAAUGUUGCAGUAAAUUUUGCCCUGUAAAAGAAUCUGUCCUGGCUGGUUGGCCGCUCGGAGUGCUCUGUUCUCUGUAAGCGGUUUCUCUGUGUUGACACCUCAAGUUCAACAUCUCUGCACAAAAAGGGCCCAGCUUGUAAAACCAACCUCCUCUGGUUGACUCCUCAGAUAGUUUAGAUUGGAGGUGAGCAGUGUAGCGUAAUGCUGAAAGAUUGCACUAGGUGUGUGUGCCGUGUCUGGGGUCAUUGCUUAGGCACAGUGUUGAUAAGAACAAGUCUAACGUUCUGUAAAAACCUAACCUGCAUGCUUUAGUUCUUCUGAAUGCACAGAUAGAGGAGUGCUUACUCUGGGUCCUCAGGAGGGCUCAAAAUAUGCCUUUUUUUCUAUCUCACUUUCUCACACAAAUGUUCCAUUUAUGAAAUGAUGGCACAGGUUGAACAUGCCUGGGUUGUGUUACGAAACACUAGAUGUACAGUCUAUGAAGUGUACUGUUGCUGGUCCUGCUUGAUUUCACUUCACUCUAUAUCGCUUCUGAUCUGUCUGUUUAAUAGUUAAUCUAUAUAUUGUUCAUUUAUACAGCACACAGUAAUGUCCAGUUAUGUCUUAAAGAAGAGAUGUAAGGACAACAAAACACGAUUGUUAAUGUAACAGUUUAGUAUCCUAGCCUUGCGUAACGUUGCUGUUGUAACAAAACCUGGUAUCUGAGAAAUAACAAGAGCAAAACACUGCCUGUUUUAAUCAUUGUUUUUGUGAUGUCACAAAAAAACAGACCAUUUGCAUAUAUCCAUCUACUUAACCUAUGACAGUUUAGCUGCACCUAUCGAUGCUGCGUUUACAAGGCAUUUUUAAUCCAGAGUCACAAUGAGGCAUAAUACGUGGCAAUCAGAACGGAGCUCAUUCACAUCUACCAAUCUUAAAGAACCAAUGUCCUACAAUUUUGUAUUUUAUACUUAAUUAUGUUUCAUGUUUAAUUCAGCUAGUUUAAUUCUAACAGAUAAAGUGAGGUUGGAAAGUGGUCUUGUAAAAUUGCAUUAAAACUGUUGUUACAUAAAACCACACAAAUGUUAAAAGUAGACCGUAGGGGGAAAUAAAAUGCAAGUAGAAUGUAGGAUAAGGGCCCUGUAAUCCAUGCUAAUGUAACAAGUUUUUUAUUCCUAAGAGUUCCUAGAAAUACUUUUUCCAUUGGUUCGUUUAUCAUGAAAUGUUCAGGCAAUGUAAACGGCAGCUGGCAUUUUUAAAUAGGGUAAAAAAUAAAAGGAGAUUUUGAUAUGACAGCAAUGAUUUGUAGAUAUGUUAGUGAGCAUACAAUCAGUAAUGCACCAAUCAUACUGCAUCUGAUUAUGAGUGUUUAUUGGCUGAGGGAUUACGUUACAUUUUUGUGUUCAGUUUUGAUGUAUGGAAGUUGCCAUUGUGUGCUGAUCUAGGACUAGCUUUUUCCACCCAGAUCAUAACCAACCAAACUAGUCUCAGAUCAGCAUAAAAGGGAACAUUCUUGUGCUUUGCAGAUUGAAUAUGGUUACAGUAAUAGCACUUUAAACCACUGAACAGUAAACCACAUUGCUGUAGUAAUGUAUUAGUCAGCUGUAAUAAUAUGUAUCAUUCAGUGCUGUACAAAACAGUUUGUAUACAUUUCCAUGAUGCUUAGAUCUGCAGAUGACCGGUGAAUGUACUUUUGGAAUAUGACCUGGAAUAACUUCUUAAAGGUCUGAUCUUAUUGGCCAGAUUCAGUAGUAGGUCAAUCUGCCAAAAUGGUGAACUCUGUGUGGUAAGGAACUUGCCUGACUCUUUGCUGCACAGAGGCACAACCAUGCCAUUACACACUGCUGCACACUUUAUCAAGACUGUCUUAUGUGAAAACAUACAAGAAGAUAGCACAUAUCAUCUAACACAAAGAGAUUGUUCUUUUCAGUUUGUUCUCUGCAUUGUUAUUAUGUCUUGGAGCAUAAUAAAUAAUCAGUCUGA